CGGUUCGUGUCGAUCACGUGUCGGUUGAUUUGAUUCUUUCCUUAUAAUUACUGCACAAGUAGCACCUCCGACCCAUUUUUCAUAAAUGUCUUCAAAAAGAAGAAUCCGUAUGCAUAUUUAGGUUAGGGCCAGCGCACGUACCCUGCGCGGCCGACAUGUACUGACAGGUUUGUCGCGUCAACGCACGAUGGCUUGCGCGUCGCGUAAAGUGCUACGGCAAUGUACGCGCGCUGGCCCUAACCUAAAUAUGCGCAAAAAUGCGGGGCGAGAAAAGGUUAACCUCCAAAAUUCGCCGUCAAAACUUUAUCUUGGUGUUCGAGUUACGUACGAGAGGUUAGGUUUGACGUCGCGGUAUCGUCCGGUGCGCCUAAUGAAGAGAGAGAGAGUUGCCGUCCUGGAGGUACGUCGUUGCUCGUCGUUCGCGGCAGGACGGGUUAUCCGUCGACGUAAACCUGACACGUACGAUCCACGAAGAUACUUCAAGUCGCGCGAUCGUUCUCGUUCGCGGCGCGAACCUGCGAAUAUCACGUCGGCACCUGCCAGCACAUCGCGCCGAACACGUCGCCAGUGUCACUGGAUGCUCCAAUCUUGCGGCGAGGAUCGAGGCUGCGGGAGCGAGCAACGAUGCCCAACGGAGCGAAUUUGGGGUAUACCUGCGUAAAUGAUCUCGUGAAGCAGGCGAGAGUCAAUUGUGUGGGGAAGAAGCCACGCAGCGUGUACCAGAGGCUUCCCACUAUGCGCCAGAAGUUCGAGAUGGCGAAGAAGAACGGUGAUUACAAGACUGCGUAUAUCCUCUUGAAGAGAUGGCUGGACACGGUCAAGUGGCUGAAGAAAACUCAGGAUUACAAGGACCGCAAGUCCAUCUAUUCCACCAACAUGACCGUCGAUCGGAUAAAUGAAGUGAGAAACAUACUUGCAGACUUGAGGCAAAAGUUAGAGAUACGCUAUGAGCAUAGUUCCAGGAAGCACAACGACGCGGUGGAGAAAAUGGAGGUGGACAGGUAUUUGAUCAUCGACGUCAGGCAGAAGACUCAUUAUGACGGUUCCAAAAUUACGUUCGACAAGUGCAUCAACAUUCCACAAUUGGAAAUUAAACCCGGGAAAGCUGGGCUACAAGUUCGCGGACUGCUUUCACAAGGACAAGCAGUCAUUCGAUUUAUUUAAGCAUCGGUCGGCGCAGUACGUGGACGUAAUAAUUCUGGUGGACUGGAACACUAUGCAGGAAACUUUGACGACCAGCACUUAUCUGAACAUACUGAAGGACAUUUUCGAGAAAUGUGAUCCUGGCACAAAGCAUAAGAAGAUCAAGAUUCUCAACGGAGGCUACUAAGAGUGGCUGAUGACGUAUCCGACGUUUACAACGAAUUCCAAUGUGGCUGUGCCCGAGUUCAACGAUGUCGCGACACGCAACAAUUUGAGAACCCGGACGCGCCAUGCGGACCCACCCGCCACCCUGACGCGGAAAAUUGUUGUUAUUUAUAUGCGAAAUUAAUUUAGUUUACUAUAUUGCAAAUUGUUUUUAUUUUUUGCUUAUUGGCUUUUAUUAUAUUUGUGUGUAUUGUAUCUGUGCUUACUGGCUUUGUUACACUUGCGUACACUUUUAUCUUAUUUCUGUUAUUACUUGUUAAUAAUAAUAUGUAUUGUAAUUUUGUUCCGCCGGGGCUCUCGGACCCGCGCGGGCCUCCUUCCCUUCCUCCCGCCGGAGCUCUCGGACCCGCGGACCUCCUACCCUUCCCUUCCCUUCCUCCCGCCGGGGUUCUCGGACCCGCGGGUUUCCUACCCUUCCAUCCUCGGGCGCGGUUUUAGUGUCACCGACUCGGCAGCAUGACCCACCCGUGGGGCAUUCUGCCUGGUCUCGACAGGGAUGCACGGCAUUUUGGACGAGCGCAGUCCGGGUGGGCGGGGGUGGUGGCCGAACCUCUUGGGGGCAGGGGACGUAGAUCGUACAAAAUCACCCUUUUUAGCCGGGAGCGUGGAACCGGCGGAGAGUCCUGACGUAAUGCGCCUUUUAGUUCCAGGACUCUUUGUGAGCGGUUUGGUUGGUGGGAUAAAUAAAAAAAACUUACUUUUAA